CAUGAAACCUGAGUGGGGAGUGUGGCCGCGCCUGUGUGGUCAGCCAGCCGGCAGCCGGGCCUUGGGCGCUCGGAGUGCUGGCUGCUCUGCCUGGCAACUGGUGGCCUCAGGCUCCUGUGGAGAGGCCCCCAAGAGGCUGAAGACUCUGAGGUGGGGGCAGGGUAGUAGGAUGAUGCCCCUUGUAAGCAGAACUGGCUGGCUCAGGACACAGAGGCUGCGGGCAACAGGCAAGCAGAGGGUUGGAGCACCUCCAGGGACUUCUGGCCAUUUGGACCUGGCAGGCAUUUACCCAGUGGAUAUUUUGGAAGAUGACCCCAAAGGAAAUUGGGAAGCAGCUCUGGCCUACUAUGCCAUGCUGGCAGAAGGAGGGAGGUCGUCUCCAGAGGUUUUCUCUCUUCCCACUGGGGAGCAGGUUAAACUUGAAGCUGCAUCUGUUUGCUUCUACACUGUGCACCGGGAUGAACCUCAACAUAAAAUACUGGUCUUGGUUAAGCCCCAGGAUACGAAGACAGUUGUGGCUGUUUACGUAAAGGGGUCCUGGUGGGCCACCGAAGAUGUACUAAGGACCUCUGAUCCAGCAAGAGAAGGUCUGAUGAAGGUUCAGUCAUUUGGGGAAAGGAUUGUGCUUUUCAUUCUCAAUGUCGUUGUUUUUGGAAGACUGGAGAGAAAUUUGGAUGAUGAUGGCAUGUUUUUUUUACCUCACUCUGUGAAGGAGCAUGCGAAAAUUCUGUGGCGAGGCGGAGCAGCGGUUGGAUUUUACACAGUCAAACCCAAAGGCAGCCUGUGUGGUGACGGUGUGGGUGUGUGCUACCUGCUGCCCGUCUUUGACACCGUUUUCAUCAGGAGGAGAUACCGUCGCCAAGGCCUGGGCACGGCCAUGCUGCAGGACUUCUGUGAGACAUUCCAGGAGGACGAGGCGCUGGGGGUCAGUUGGCCAGUUUCUCCUGCUAUGUACCAAGUCUGCAGGAAGUUCCUGGGGGCGCAUCCGGAGGAGCGGGGGCGCCUGUGGGAGGUGGAGCCCCCAGGAGCCUGGGGCCAGCGAGACAGCAUCUGGCUGAAAGUUCAGCCUCAUCAGUCAAGACUUUCAGACUGAGAAGAUCCGCGGAGAAGACCUGGAAAAGACGAAGAACGAUCAGGACGGUGGAGUGGAAGCGGCAGCGGGGCGGCUUGGGCGAGCCUGCGGGGCUGAGCUGGAGCGGAAGGAAGCCGAGCGGACAGCGGGGGAUGCUGAGCUGGCUGGUGAGGCGUGGCAGGAGCCCCCGUGGGCCAGCUCCUAACUGCCGGAGGCGCAGCUGAGCCUCGUCCGGAGGCCUGUCUGGGCCCCGGGGCACAUGGCUUCCAGAGCUGCCUGUGGCAGUCUAUGCGUGAGCGGCUGGCCGCUGGCUUCUGCCCUUGCUGUGCUGUCUUUGAGGAGCCGACUGCAGAGACCCCUCCUCCCUCGGCCUUGUGGUGUGGGCUCAGGGGAUAGAAAGUCUGAAAAGGUGCUUCCAUCACCAAGGCCAGGUGCUGUGCAGGUGCAAGUAAUUGUGCUCCCAAGCUGGGCUGGAGAAGCUCCUUCGUUGGACCUAGUCUGGUUUCUGGUGUUCAGGACGACUUCCACCAGAACCACACCGAGAUACUUCUCUCUUUAGGAAGCUCGGCAAAGGGCUCCGCGCAUCUCGUUCUGCACCGCGUCUGCCCGCGCCGGCCCUGUUCUAACGGUGAGACCGCAGGCAUCUCUGAGACACUCUUCUGGAGAAGCUUCAUCCAUGUCAGAAGCUCCCUGAGGGAAAGGGCCGGGGCUGCCUGGUACCCACCGGGGGCUUCUUGCUACUGUGUGACCUGCAGAGACCUUACAGAGAGGACCUCAGGCAUGUGUCGGGAUUAUCAGCUGUCAAUCACCUAAUCUGUAAGGGAUGACCAAGGAAUGGUGUGUCUAGUGCAGUGGUGCUUGAGUACAAAGGCUUGUGCCAGUAAAGGUGACUAUACAGGUGGCAGCCUGACCCAAAUGUGACAUUGGCCUCCCCUUCCUCAAAUACCUACACAGCCACGCUCUCUCCCUCCCUCUGUCAUACGCAAAACUUGUCCAUCAGCCUCAUUCCUAUUCCCACACAUCCCUCAGCUCAGCUUCCUUACCGGCUGCCCUAUCUUCCCCUUCACGGGGCCCCAAAGCUCUGGGCCCUUGGCUCUGACUCCGCGAGCCUCCACCAGUCACUCUGAUCUGCUGAGCUGUCCCCUGUGUCCCCAGUGGUAGUGGAGAGCUGACCCUCAGAAACUGUGUGGGGGAAGAACGGCAACUGGUUAUCUCAGGAGUGAGGGGUGACACCUUCCUUCUGUUCCUCUGCUGUGAAACUUUGGAGAGGUGGGUGGAAGAACAGUUUCAGCUUUUUAGGGAUAUAGUAAAGCCCCUCCAGAGCCUGGGUCUGGGGAGAACCGUUGGCAUGACACUCACCUGCUGCUUCCCCGAGUGGCUGCAGGGCACACGUGCUGGGACCUCUGUUACCUAUUUACUUAUCCUUCUGUCCGUCUCUCUGUCCAUCCAUCCACCCAUCCACCUGCCUUUGCAUCUGUCCACAUCUGUCCAUCCACCCAUCCACCCACCUCUCUGUUCACCCAUCUAUCCAGAUAUUUCCGCCCAUCUAUCUUGUUGCACAACAUUCAGCAUGUUUUCUCAGGACUAGGGUCUGCACUGGGCCCUGGGGAUAUAGAGAUAAGUGAGGCGUGGUUACUGGACUCUAGGAAACUGUUCUCUCUGGAGGGGUCUCUUCUGGAGUGUUCUGUUGUUGUCUUUCUUACACCCAUUAGAAAGAGGGAGGGGUCCAACUGAAUAGAAACAGAGAUUAGAGCUCCAGACGGAGCCAUGAAGGGCCCCCGCACACGUGGGCUCUUGCUGAAGGAGGUGCAGACCCUAAAAGCAAAUGCACUCUAAAGCCAAGAGGGAGCUCCUUGGUGUCGGGCACCACCUUUAAUGUGUGUUACGCACUUGCGCUUUGGAUAUUGCGCUUUUUGGGAUGAGCAGUGGUGCUUCGUGUUUAUGUGGAAAUGAACAGACAAAAAAGUGUCUCAGGGGUUUGAUGAAGUUACUGUUCAGUUCAAGAAUCCUCCCAAGGAGGAAACACUGAUGUGAUGAUGCGGCUCACUGAGGGACAUAUAAAUGAACCGCACAGUUAGAAGUGAACAGGCUGGGGUUCUGAGCAGCCCCUUCUGUAUAGCGGCACGGCCAUGUCCAGUCUGGGGCUCUGUGCCUGGCUCCCUUCCCCGUGGCUUGUAUGGGAAAUGUCUGUGUGUGUGUGUUUUGUUGUUUUUACUAAGCCAACUUUGUUUGAUUUAUUAUUCACAGACUGUGUGUUCUUGCCUGUUAUUUUUAAUAGCUCUGUUGAGAUAUAAUUUACAAACCAUAAAAGUCAUUUCAU